AUGCCAAACACGUACCGUGUUCCUAAGAGCCCCUGUUGGGCGGGGAGCACGGACGGCUCGGCGGCGAUCGUCUGGAGGAGAACGGGGGAGCGGGCUCCCCCCUUCUCGAAACUCAAGGCCGGGGAGGGCUGGGUGGUGGCCAAAUGGGGGCCCCUGUUUGUAAUUGGGGUCUACCUGAGGCCCAGCCUUACCCGUGCCGAAGCGGACGCGAGACUUGAGGAGCUGGAGGACUUGGUCCGGGAGUAUCUCCCCGGACCGAUCCUGGUCGCCGGGGACUUCAAUGCCAAAUCGGCACUUUGGGGUUCCCGGCGGCCGGACGCCAAGGGGGCAGACGUGGAGGCCUGGGCCGCGCGCCUAGGCCUCCACCUAGAAAACGUAGGGAACGUCAGCACCUGCGUAAGGCCGCAGGGGGAGUCAAUCGUCGAUUUGACGUGGACUUCCCCUGCGGCCGCGAGGAGGAUAAGUGGAUGGGGGGUGGUGGAUGGCCUUGAGUUGCUUUCCGACCAUCUUCCCAUCCACAUAAAGUUCGCAUGGGAGAAUGGGAGGAAGAGAUCGCAAGAACGAAUGGUUAGGUGGAGGGCAGAUAAGUUGGACCCGGACAAACUUAAGGAGUCCCUAAUCGCGGCACUGUGGGCGCAGCCGGACCCUGCGCCCACAGUGGAAGAGGAGGCUAGGUGGGUGCAGCGGGUGCUGACGAGUGCGUGCGACGCCGCUAUGCCGCGCGCCAGGUUCGUCGCCCGCAGGGCGGCCUACUGGUGGUCGGAAGAGAUAGACGCGCUGAGGAAAUCCUCGGUGGCUGCCAGGAGAGCCGUCCUGCGGGCCAGAAGGAGGAGGGGAACUCCACCUGCGGAGGAGGAGAGAUUCGUGGAGGAGUACCGCCAAAGAAGGAAAGCUUUGCGGGCGACAAUCAGGACUGCCAAGGAGAAAGC